ACGAGAUUUGGAACCCGGAGCCAUGUAAGAUCUGUGUGUGUGACCUGGGGACUAUUACUUGUGAGGACAUCCGAUGUGAAGACCUAGCCUGUAAGGAAACCAGCACCCCUGAGGGAGAAUGUUGCCCCGUGUGUUCUGAGGCUGCAGGAACCCAGGGCCAGCAGGCUACUACCUGGGAUAAUCUGCUACCAAAGAUCAAAACAGACGAGAAGAAGGAUGAGACCUGCAGGGACAACGGGCAGGUAUACGCCCACAACAACAUGUGGACCCCAGAGCCGUGCAGGGUGUGUGUGUGUGACAGUGGAACCACCAUCUGUGAGGAGGUGCAGUGUGAGAUGGUGGGGAACUGUGAGAAGGUGACCAUCCCUGAGGGAGAGUGCUGCCCCUUGUGUGACAGCUUCUCCAGCGCUAACAGGAGGAUAGAAAUGAUGGCGUUCAAGGGUCAGAAAGGCGAACCUGGUGAUAUCCCUUACGUCGUGGGGCCAGUAGGUCAACCCGGACCAAUGGGUCCUCCCGGAGCUCAGGGGAGCAGAGGAUACACUGGUUUCAAGGGCAGAAAAGGUUUACAGGGCCCAGCUGGCAUCGACAGGGAACCAGGAGUCCCAGGGAACCCUGGUGAGCCAGGAUCCCCCGGCCAGCCCUCACACCCUGGGGGUCAGCUGGUCUCUCAAAUGGCAGCAGGCUUCGGUGAGAAAUCAGCUGGGAUGAUGGGAAUGAUAUCUGGCAACAGGGGUGAGGCAGGACCAAGAGGGCCUCCUGGACAGUCCGGUCAACCAGGCUCUACAGGGGGGCAGGGGGCCCCAGGAGACGUUGGAGACCCUGGAUCCAUGGCAUUAUCUCAGGGAACUAACACAAGUCUUCAGUUCUCAGGCAAAGUUAUCAUCAUCGAUCACUGA